AUGGGGACCCCCUCCCCGUGGGCAGUGCUGGUGAUGGCUGCGGUGCUGGCAGGACUCUUGGCUCCCCGUGCGGCGUACGGGCAGCCCAACUUCAUCGUCAUCCUGGCAGAUGAUGUGGGCUGGGGGGAUCUGGGGGCCAACUGGGCAGAGACAAAGGAGACCCCGCAUUUGGAUGAGUUGGCUGCCGAAGGGACAAGGUAAUGUCUGUCACCCUCCCCGGCCCAAGCAGCCCUGGGUACUCCACCCAGCNNNGCCUCUCUGCUCACGGGGCGCCUUGGCGCACGCAAUGGGGUGACCCACAACUUCGCCGUCACGUCGGUCGGCGGCCUCCCCCUGAACGAGACCACCCUGGCUGAGGUCCUGCGGGAGGCUGGGUACAGCACGGGGGCUAUAGGCAAGUGGCACCUGGGACACCACGGCCACCAUCACCCCAGCUUCCGCGGCUUCGACUACUACUUUGGGAUCCCCUACAGCCACGACAUGGGCUGCACGGACACCCCCGGAUACAACCUGCCCCCCUGCCCGCCCUGCCCGCGGCACGGCGCAGCUGCCAGGGUGGCGAGGAAGGACUGUUACACCGAGGUUGCCCUUCCUCUCUUUGAGAACGUCACCAUCGUCCAACAGCCCGUCAACCUCAGCAGCCUGGCAGCGCGCUACGCCGAGGAGGCGGCACAGUUCAUCCGGCGGGCGAGGUGA